UGGGAAGGGCACUAAAGUUUGUCUUCUAUGGUGCUGCACUUCGUCAGUCGUGACGACCCCGUCUGUAGGUGGUGUGUCGCGGUCAGUGGGCUCCAGCAGCUUCCAUGAUCUACACACUUCUGGAUUUACUUUAAUUUCACGAAAUGUUCAGUCAUAGACAUCGUUAUCCUGUUACUUAUGCUGGAACCUUACAGGGGUUGCUGGCCUGCAAGACUUUUGACAGUCCUCCUCCAGGGAGGAGUCCGAUUAAAGCUUGACAUGUCACAGACCAUAGGCACCAGGCAUUCUACUUUUUUGUGCGGAAAGCGACUACCGCGACUCUGGGCUUGGGCAAGGACAAGUUGAUAAGAAGCCUUCUUGGCGCCCUCCUGUACGACGGGGUAGGAGAGGUCAGAAACGAGUGCCGCCACUCGGCUAUUUUGUUGCAGUUGUAUCCAGUAAGGGUGAGAACACCAACCGUACGAAGAAUCAAACCAGUUCACCGACAGGGAAAGGAAAUAUGGAUUGCCAGCCUCGGCAGCGUGAAGCUGUGACUUCCUGUCCUGUAUUGACGGGUACUUCUCGCCAGGUCGCUCUUCGUCAGGAAACAAAGUCUCGAGUCGACAGCUCCUUUCCCCUUCCACAGUUACCCCAGUGGGUGAUCCUUCCCAGCGCGGAUGUAGCUUUACAUUCCAAGGCGCUUGGUGUGCCGCUGCCGUAUCACUCAGCAUCCAGGCCCCUCCAAGUCUGUCCUUUCUCCUCUUCUGUUGCUGAUCCACCAGUGUGCACACCCGCGUACACACGCCUCCGCCUCGAAGAGGCUAGUGAGCGAGCCGAGUGUUGUCCACUUUCCGGCCGAUGUGCCUUCCUCAGUGCUUACGGUCAGCUGGGUGAAGGAAUCAGGUCGUUCGUUGCUUCAUUUGCUUCUCUGUACACAUCCACCAUUCGACCGUCGCCUGCAUUUGUCUCCCCAGAAACCGCGCGUGGUGUGUGGUGUCUCGUCGAGCUGUUGCUUUCAUGGCUUUUUUCUCUGUUCGGCCAGGGGAUCCGCCUGCCAGAUGUCUGUGGAAAAAGGAGACGAUGCCCUUUCACUGAGGCCGCGCACUGUAGUCUCCUGUCAGUGGCUGCAACUCCCAACUUCAGAACGCAAGGGAAGGAUGCGAUUUUGCUUAUUGCUGAUGGAGCAUACAGCGAUCGGUCCCGUGCUAUCGACGCUGGCGGUGACGUCCUGUUGGUCGCUUUAUCAAGGAAUCAAUGCUUGUUUUCCUCGAAAUUGCACAGUACAAUCGUCGACGAAGAUGGCGAUGAAUACUCGACUUCCGCCUACGAAUCGAUGGUCCUUCUGGGGCAUGCCGACACCCCUCUGCUUCUGCGCAACAGUGGCAAAGCGCGAUCUCUUGAUGCUGUUCUAGGCACUUCAGCACAUAGCCAUCAUAGUGGUAAUUCCAAAGCCGCUGACGUCGACCUACAAGAAUCAGCGGCUGGGCGUGCUGGCUGUGAAGACGUUUACCAGGGUUCAUCCGUCCCCAAGCAGAUCCCGGAGAAGUCACGGCAGCUGACUGCUGUAGUUGUUCUCAGUUCCGCACCACAGGGUCCGUUUCUCCUCUUGGGUUACAGCGAUGGCCGACUAGAGUAUCUGUCGAACUGCCAGCUGGAGGGAGGAUGUCGUACCUGCAGUGAGCCGUAUUCCUCUUCUCUCUGGCGAAGCAUUCAGGGGGAGGAUAACGGCAUGAGGGAUUGGAGGCUCCAGUGGGUUGACAAGCUCGAUAGCUGUGUGAAAGUUUUGCAGGUGUCUCCUCGUGCAACGAGGGUGUGCGCUCUCACCGCCACAUCUGUGUACGUAUUCGACCCGCUCUUCUCUCCUUUCCGUGUUCCCUCAAGCUGCAAGGUGCCUCGACUGCUGGCUGUAGGCGGAGAAGCCUUGCUAGGCCAUGUCCCCGUCGCCUGUUGCUGGACGGGAGAGUUUCAGUUGAUUGUCCUGAGCAGUGCGGGACGGUUGACUGUCCUGCAACGAGACUCACGGAAGCGCGUUGCGGAGUGGUACAGCCUGUGUCGUGCUCGCUUGGACGUGCCCACGCGCGAGCAGCUGAGACAAGAAAUGCGGAAGAACAACAAUACCGCGGAAAGUGCGAAAGGAGCCAAGGGACCCGCAUCCCUGGUACGUGCGGCUGCGGCUGUGGCUACGCUCGAGUUCCACGCAGCUCGGCAGCUAGUGUACGUGUCAGUCAGGGGAAGCUCCUGUCCUCUCGUAUUCGACUGGUCCACGCGUUCCCAAUUAUGUCACGUCUCAAGAGGGAAUGUAGCCGAGUGCUUCUUCACAUUGACGGGAGAGCGUGUUCUGGUGGAAACGCCCUUGACUGAGAUGAAUCUUCCCUCCAGAGGCCCCGUCCAAAUGAAUUCGCGACUUCAGCCAGCCAAGCUGCAAACGACACAGAGACACACAAGGGACGAAGCAGGAUCCCAGGGCGACAGGAGAUUGAGAGGCAUCGAAAGGUCGGCUCAUGCACCCGACAGAGAGGAUAUGCUUCAGAUUAAGGCACAAAACAUGAUUCGCCCAAAACUGAGAAGUAUUUUGACGUUCACACUCGGCAAAGAUGAUGCGUCCCGACGCUCAUAUGUGGCGGUCAUCCAUGAAGGAUGCGAUGCUGUUGCAGUUUACGACGAUUCCACGCCUCGAAUCCGAAGACGACAUCCAGGUGACCUCAGACAGCACCGCGCGCCGCUUCUUUAUUGGCUGCGUCCUCCAUUUCCAGGGUGCUAUCCUUCGGCCGUCGCAUUCUGCUCGCUACCCAAAUACUUCCAAACAGGGUACACACUUGAUGCAUCAACUAUACUUGCAGUGCAGUGGUCGACAACAUGCAGCUCCGUAACGUGCUCCGGAGCUAACACCAUGAUGCCCGUUGUCACUUGCCUACAUAAGCUGCCGCAGACCCAAUCCUUUUUGCAGUCUUCCGGAUCACGGGCGCUGGCACGUCAGGGACCAUCCAGGGGAAGUUGUUUGUUUCCACUGUCGUCAUCUCCCGUGAUUCCAUCACCUCGACUGGCCAGUGGAGAGAAAGAAACCCUCACAUCAUGGCAAGAGGCCUCUCUACUUGGUGCGUCGUUGUACGGGGCCCAUGUCAGACCAAGAGAUCAUUCUACUCACAGAAAGCCUCGAAUUGACAUUUACUCGGGUGCCGCAAUGCUCCCACCCAUGUCUUUUGUGGGCAACCUUACUGACGGUCACGCACACAAAGGUGAAGAUGCGAGUCAAACGAGGGAGUUUGGUGGCACAGGGAGUCCUUUUCUGGGCAGCAACAUCGACAAACAAGGGUCUCAGAGCGCCAGUUACUGGAAGUUGCAGGACCCAUCACAACUCAGCAAAUUGGAAUCCAGCCUUAGAAUGUCAGCGGUCAAUGGCUGGGGCGGUUGGCAGGGCAAGGCUCAGUCAUGGAGUACCGGGCGCGCCGAGCCAGAUGCCCAAGAGCGGACGAGGAGAGAAGCCUGCCCAAGUGGGAGUGACUGGCUGGCUCGGUGGCAGCAGAAACAGACGCAGCUGGCUCGUAGUUGGCAAUUAAGUCCACCGAUGCUUCAAGACAGUGAAAUUCCGCCUGCCACCAAUUCAUCUUUUUCUCGCUGGGCCUUUUCUCAGAGGGUCCCUGUGCAGCGCGCAUCACCAUAUGGUGUCUACGGGUCUUGCAACCGCCCUACUCCCGUUCGUGCUACGUUUCCGGACCUGGGGGGAAUAUUCCUGCAGAGUGAGAACGCAGACGGAGCAAAUAUACUGGAAUCGCCACUGUGUGGCUCUGCCUCUACCUACCUGACAUACAAAAGUGACCAGGGAUUUGGUGUCGGAGACUAUUCAGAUUUUUUCGGUGAUCGAGCCAACUCUAACGCAGGACGUUUCCAAAAUACCUUGUUGGGCACCAGUGGAUGGAACCAGGAGAGUGGAACUGCGCGGAGGCAGUCCAUCUUGAACGUUGAACCUCAUCCUGCCUCGUCUGCGCUUGGCCAGUCUCGCGCAGCGAGUCCUUUCACGUCGACAAACAGACAGAUGUCUUCGAUGCAUUCCAGCACGGGAUUUCGCGGAUGGGGGCAGCCUCAGGAGGCGACGCUGACGUCUCCACAGCUGUCUGCAUCAGUUAUGCCAACGUCCAAUGACAGAGAAUACAGUGACUACGCAGCUACGUCUAAUGGUAUGAGGAGAAGGCCUGGAACUGCAGUAUUCGGCUUCGAAACCGGUGGUUUCGGCAGAUGGUGACAUGAACAAUUUAAUGCAUUGGCGUUUCUUCUAUCAUGAAAUCUGUGUUGCUUACUCAGCAUCGAGCAAACGAUGAGAUGGAGUGGCGUUUCAAGCAACGCCGCAAAAGUCUUGCGCAUCUGCGUCGACUGGGAUGCGAAGCCUGUGACAUGUUUGUGAGCACAUCAUUAGUGUGCCGAAACAAAAAUCAUCGUGAACAGUUUGACUUGUCUGUUCUGAAGUGCGAUGCUGCUUUGUCACCC